AUGUACGUAACAAUCAACAAGAAUAGAAAAUUCAAUACGCUCUUGAAUCCAGUGGCAUAUUUUUUUGCUUACAUGAACAGUGCUUGUAAUCCAAUAAUCUAUGCCCUUCGAAGUCCUGCUUUCCGACAAGGUUACAAAGAAAUCCUCUGCUGGGAAAGAGCAACUGUUUUCAGUGAUGGACACCAAGGUUUGAGACGUGGCACUCUCACUGCCGAUAGCAAACAGAAUAUUCCUGAUGCGAUUAGACUUGAAGAUAUUCCAGCUGAUGUCUUGAAGCUUAUGACAGCAAGAAGCUUCUCAAUGCCUUCCAAGUUGACUGAGGCAAUUCACCCUGGUAAAACUUUGACUGCCGACACCAUUCCUGAAGAGAGUGCAAGUGUGUUCCAGUUCCUCAAUUCUCUGAGAGGAUCCAGAAGUGGGAGCAGAAAUAUCCGCCAAGGAUCAAUUGCUAGCAUUCAAUCAGUUACCAGUAACCACAGCAUGAAUUCUCGCAGUUUGCCAAAACUGUCUCUUCCGACCAUGAAAGGAAAUUCCGUUAUCAAAAAAGAUGGAUCGGUUGUCAUUAUGAAAGAUGGAAAAAUUGUCUGUGUGCGUCAGGAUAUCGGCAACAAAAAAUCAAUCGACACUCAUAUUUUUGGAGACGACAAGCAGAAUGCUGCAAGUUUCACUAGUGGGUCAUUAAAAAGGCAAAAUUCCUCACCUGUAGAUAUGUAUGAAGUGGAUGAAGCUGGCUCAAGUUGGCAGAACAGUAUGGUCGAUACGAAUCUGGCUGUUGACAACGCGUUCGAUUUUAGCGUUAUCGAGGAGGAGGAAUCCAUUUUGGAUGAAAUCGAGUCAGCAAUAGUUGAUGAUAAAGUGAAGGUGGAAGUAGAUAGUUCUUCAAGAAAUGGAUUGGAGCGUCUGAAUAGCAGUGGAGAAGAGAACAGUCAGUUCACAUUCAGUCAGAGGAGGAAUGGUUCUUCUGGGUUGAUCCCACAGGUGGAUGACCUUACUGAAGAAAAUAAAAACUCUCUAAAUAGAAAUAAUCUUCCAGAUUUGAGUAUAUCACUGCUGGGUGACAGCACUCCAGAAGUGAAAACAAAUAAUGGACAUUAUAGGGGGCAGGAAAAACUUUAG